AUGGGUCUCGGAGUCCUCGAGGAUAGGAAGCUCGAGCAUGUGCCUGGCACUGCUCCCCUGAAUGAGCUCGGACGUGAGGAUCAGAAUAUUUCCGGGAUUGAUUCCGGUCUGCUCAAACAUGAUGCCUCCGGCCAGAUCGUCCUGGUUCCUCAGCCCAGUGAUUCGCCCAACGAUCCUUACAACUGGCCACGAAUGAAGAAAGAGCUUUUCACACUCACUUUCGCAUAUGGCUGUGGUUGCGUGGGAGCCGUUGGACCUCUUUUGGGAGCGGCCUUCGUUCCUCUCGCAGAGGAAUGGAAUGUUUCUUUGACAAAUUUCAUCACUGGUGCCCAGGGCGGUGUCAUUGCAGCUAUCGCUAUCGGAUCUCUUCUAUUCAACGCCUUGGCAGUGAAAUACGGCAAACGUCCAGUCUACCUUAUCACAUCCGUGGGGCUCGCGGUCACCUGUUUCUGGGCCGCCGAAGCCAGGUCAUUCAAUUCUUUCGUUGCCGCACGUGUCAUCCAGGGUCUUUGCAUGGCUCCCAUGGAAGCUCUGAUCCCUGCUUCGAUCGCCGAUAUCUGGUUCGUCCACGAGCGUGGUUAUCGCACAGCCGUAUUUAAUCUUGGCGUCCUUGGUGGUAUCAACUUGGCCACUCCUAUCGCUGGUGCCAUAAUGGAAGCUAGUAACUGGAGAGUCGUCAUGCACGCUAUGGGUGGUGCUUUUGUUCUCCAGCUCAUCUUGACAUUCUUCUUCAUGCCCGAGACUGCAUACCACCGCACCGGUGUCCUUAAUAUCGAUACCGGAAAAACCAACGUUGAGACCGAAAAAUCGGUCGCAGCCGACCAUCUCGAGACUCCAAGCGAGAAGGGAGCGACAGCCACUCCUUUGCCGGCAGACAGCACUGCUUCCGAACCAAAGAUGUCAUUUGCACAGGAAAUGAGGCCCUGGUCCGGUUACGUCCACCACGUUUCCCUCAUCUCCACCAUGGUUCGUCCAUUUUUCCUCCUGGCUUCACCUGCAGUCGCGUGGGCAACCCUACUUUUCACCACCUGUAUUUCGUGGCUCGUCGGCAUCUCGAUUACACUCUCGCAGAUUUUCUCUGCCCCACCAUACAAUUUCUCCGUUCGCUCGGUUGGUGCGACCAACUUGUCGUCAUUCGUUGCGUCCGUCAUCGGAACCAUGAUCGCAGGUCCACUCAUCGAUGGUAUCGUCAAGCGCAUGUCUAAGCGUAAUAAGGGUAUCUUUGAGCCCGAAUUCCGUCUGCCAAUCAUGGUGACAUAUCUUCUAUUCACCGCGACUGGUUUCUUCGGCUGGGGUCAAGCGGCCUACAAGCAAGACCCAUGGCCAAUUCCAGUCGUUGUCUGCAUGGGUUUGAUCAACUUGGGAGUCCAGCUCGGUACCACUGGUGUCGUAGCCUACGUUGUCGAUUGCCAUCGUGAACAGGCUGGUGAAGCAUUCGCUGCUAUGAACUUCAUCAAGAACAUGUUCGCCUUCGGCAUGACUUUCUAUAUCAACAACUGGAUCGCUGUGCAAGGUGUCCGUGACUGCUUUUUCACUAUUGGAGGCAUCACCAUCUUCUGCACCCUUACCACCAUCCCCAUGUAUAUUUAUGGCAAGCGCAGCCGAAGCUUUGUUGCUCGACACAACAUCGCGAAGAGAGCUUUGUAA